AUGUUUGACCUCACGGCUGACCUUUCGGAGGUGGACCACGAAUCUCUGAAUAGGUAUCACCACAAACCACCCGAUUUCACACGGUAUAAAUCCAUUGGGACCACCAAGACAGAGCCCGGAAAGUUCGACCACAUCCACGUGUACUCGGUUGCCCAGGAUGAUAUGCUAGGAAAUACCUCCUCCGAGCCCCAGCUCCCUCACCCAGGGACCAUCACUCGCAAGAAAGCCCAAACCCGCGAUUUUAUAUCCCGCAGUCAUGCGGUGUUGGAUCGUGUUCUCGCCAGCCUAGAUACCAGCCUCGGCAUUACCCCAGGAACUCUCUCAGCGAUGUGUCCACCCACGGAACCCUCUGGCACCCUCGUCCGUCUCAUCUGGACCCCUCCCAGCGCCCAACAGCCCGACUACCGUCAAAUCUCCUUUGGCAGCCACACCGACAUGGGCAUCAUGACAUUGCUCUUCAACGUCGCGGGCGGACUCCAAGUCCUCCCCCCGGGCGCGGCCAACGUUGACGCGAACUGGCAGUUGGACUGGGGGACUCCUGCGCAGCUCCCUUCAUCGGGUCGUGAUGGCCCUGGAGCCCAGGCGAUGGUCACGCGGAGAAGUGUGGCGUAUUUGCUGCGGCCGAGACAGGAUGCGUCGUUGGCACGCUUUGUGGGGGGCAUUGUCCCGCCGUUGCAGCCUGGAGAGGAGAAUGAGACAAGACAUCAUGAACGAGACAUUGUAUCACCAGGCAUGCAGCCCCAUCCAUUGCCGGAGUCGCGGCAGGACCUGCCCUUCGGUGAGGGCUUCGAUCGCGAUUCCCCGCCACUGUCUUCUGUCUCUAGUGGAAGGAACUGGCACUCCAGGAAUCGCAGCUGGUCCGCAACCCAGGCUAUCGGCCGGAUGUACAAGCGUGUCCUGGAAUGGGCGCGAAGAAUCGCCCGAAUAGACGACCUGUCUGGGGGUGUGGUCGCUGUCUUUGGGGCUCAGGCAGUUCCUCUUGCGCUUGACGUUUAG